AUGUCUUUCAUUGCCCGUCGUGCUUUCUCUUCCACUGCCUACAACGCCCACAAGGUUGCCGUUCUCGGUGCCGCCGGUGGUAUCGGCCAGCCCCUCUCCCUUCUCCUUAAGCUCAACAAGGACGUUACCUCCCUUUCUCUUUACGAUCUUAGAGGUACCCCCGGUGUCGCUGCCGACCUUUCCCACAUCCCCACCAACUCUGUUGUCAAGGGCUUCCUCCCCGAUAACGAGGGUCUUAAGAAGGCUCUUGAGGGCGUCGAGGUUGUUGUCAUCCCCGCCGGUGUCCCCAGAAAGCCCGGUAUGACCCGUGACGAUCUCUUCAACACCAACGCCUCCAUUGUCCGUGACUUGGCCAAGGCUGUUGCCGAGACUGCCCCCAAGGCUUUCGUCGCCGUCAUUGCCAACCCCGUCAACUCUACCGUCCCCAUUGUUGCUGAGGUUUUCAAGUCCAAGGGUGUUUACGACCCCAAGAGAAUCUUUGGUGUUACCACCCUUGAUGUUAUCCGUUCUUCCAGAUUCAUUUCUGAGAUUAAGGACACUGACCCUACCACCGAGACCGUCACCGUUGUUGGUGGCCACUCUGGUCACACCAUUGUCCCCUUGAUCUCCCAGUCUUCUCACCCCGAUAUCUCUGGCGAGACCCUCGAUGCCCUUACCCACCGCAUCCAGUUUGGUGGUGAUGAGGUCGUCAAGGCUAAGGAUGGUGCUGGUUCUGCCACCCUCUCCAUGGCUGAGGCCGGUGCCCGCUUCGCUGGCUCCCUCCUCAAGGCCCUCAAGGGUGAGGCCAUCACUGAGCCUACCUACGUUGACUCUCCUCUCUACAAGUCUGAGGGCAUUGAGUUCUUCUCCUCCAAGGUCACUCUCGGCCCUGAGGGUGUCAAGGAGGUUCACGGCCUCGGCAAGCUUUCUCCUUACGAGGAGAAGCUCAUUGAGGUUGCCAAGGUUGACCUUAAGAAGAACAUCCAGAAGGGUGUUGACUUCGUUGCCGCCAACCCUUAA